AUGAGGUCGACUCUGAUGAUGGGUGAUGGUGAGGUACUGCGCGGCCUAGUGCAAUGUGGUAAGAGGAAGCUCUCUAGCCUCAGUGCGGAUGGGUCGGGGAGAUUGUUGAGGCGGACUCUGCUGCGUCAAUCGUUGAAGACGUGGCGACGGCAGCAGAGGGAGAUUCGCAGACAGGCGCGUUUCGAGCGACGAAAUUGGCGGAGUUUCUACAGGGCGUGGGAAGAAGAGGACGACUUCGAGGAUUGUGAGGAGCUGCACGAAAUCCAAGUGCAUAAUCCGGAGCUGGCGGCGGCCUUUGCAGCCCUCGACAAUGGUGGUGGGUGCGUCGACAACUGUGUUGAUGAUAGCAAGGAGGAAGAGAAUGACGAUGGCACAGAGGAGGUGGUCAGUGGUGCAUUGUCUUCUCUGGUCGGUUGGAGGAGGAGGCGGUCCUUUGCCGACGGCGUGUGGAGUGCGGGAUUGCGGUCUGGUUAUGGGGCCAGGCUCCGGCUCUUUUGCCCAUUUAGGCGGUCGGGGCCCGGUUGCAGUGGUGGCUUGUGGAUUCUUUUGGCCGUUACAUGUCUUGACUUUGAGGGGGAGGUGGCGACUGGGUUUGGGGCUACUCUUUGGGUAGAUGGCGCGCUGUGUGCCUGCGUCAUCAGUCGUCUGAUGCGAAGAGGUGAUCUUUUGAGAUAUUUAACGGAUAGGGGAUUGGUAAAGCUUUCAUCCCUUAAUCCUAGGAAUACACCCGACAUUUUGCUCAGAUGUGUACUCCUCAAUCAGUCGCUAAAAUCCUGGAGGGAGCAGCUGGUUGCGUUGAGAGUAGAGGAUAAUGUGAUAACAAAUAACGCGAAUGCUAUUGGAAUUCGUGAGGACAACGGCAAUGCCCAGAGCCAGAAUUUUGAGUCGGCUUUAGAAUUCACUGGUGAUGGCAGUACCAACGAAGUUGUUUCAGUGCAUUUAAUUCCUCACUCGGACAAUGACUCCCCGCAGAACUGUUCUGAUUAA